CGCCCCCGGCAGGGGUUGUGGUGAAGGCUGAGGGUCAUGGGGCGUGAGUGCUGCUAAACUGCCGAGCCUUCCCAGGUCCUCGCGGCCGCGAGCAGCGCACAGCCCGGCACUCGCUCGCUCGCCUCGCGACGGCAGCGCGGCCCAUGCGGCCGGGGGUGGAGGUCGGGAGCCGGCGGCGCGCUUGGCGUCUCAGCUGCCGGGGCUCGGGCGGUGAGGGGCCGCCGGCUCGCCGCGCCUGAGGGCCCGGGGCGGGAACGCGGGCGGAGCUCGGCCGCCGAGCCGGGAAGAUGCUGCUGUCCCUGGUGCUCCAUACGUACUCGAUGCGCUACCUGCUGCCGGGCAUGGUGCUCCUGGGCACGGCGCCCACCUACGUGCUGGCCUGGGGGGUCUGGCGGCUGCUGUCCGCCUUCCUGCCCGCGCGUUUCUACCAGGCGGUGGACGACCGGCUCUACUGCAUCUACCAGAGCAUGGUGCUCUUCUUCUUCGAGAACUACACCGGGGUCCAGAUAUUCCUAUAUGGAGAUUUGCCAAAAAAUAAAGAAAAUAUAAUAUAUUUAGCAAAUCAUCAAAGCACAGUUGACUGGAUUAUUGCCGAUAUGUUGGCCUCCAGGCAGGAUGCUCUGGGACAUGUGCGCUAUGUGCUGAAAGAUGGGUUAAAAUGGCUUCCUUUGUAUGGGUGUUAUUUUUCUCAGCAUGGAGGAAUCUAUGUAAAACGAAGUGCCAAAUUUAAUGAAAGAGAAAUGAGAAACAAGCUGCAGAGCUACGUGAACGCAGGAACUCCUAUGUAUCUUGUGAUUUUCCCAGAAGGUACAAGGUAUAAUCCAGGACAAACAAAAGUCCUUUCAACUAGUCAGGCAUUUGCAGCUCAACAAGGCCUUGCAGUAUUAAAAUAUGUGCUGACACCACGAAUAAAGGCAACUUAUGUUGCUUUUGAUGCUAUGAAGAAUUACUUAGAUGCAAUUUAUGAUGUUACAGUGGUUUAUGAAGGGAAAGAUGAUAGAGGGCGAAAAGAGCCCCCCUCCAUGACUGAAUUUCUCUGCAAAGAAUGUCCAAAAGUUCAUAUUCACAUUGAUCGUAUAGACAAAAAGGAUGUCCCAGAAAAGCAAGAAUAUAUGAGAAGAUGGCUUCAUGAACGUUUUGAAAUAAAAGAUAAGAUGCUUAUAGAAUUCUACGAUUCACCAGAUCCAGAAAGAAGAAACAAGUUACCUGGGGAAAGUGUUAAUUCCAAAUUAAGUAUCAAGAAGACUUUACCAUCAGUAUUGAUCUUAAGUGGUUUGACUGCGGGUAUGCUCAUGACUGAGACUGGCAGGAAGCUGUAUGUGAACACGUGGAUGUACGGCACCUUGCUGGGCUGCCUGUGGGUCACUGUCAAGGCAUAGGCAGGGCGCUGUCUCCAAGGAGCGCUGUGCUGCACAUUAUAUCAGAUUGUUUCCUGGAAGUGUAAAUAAAGCUUGUUGAUUGAA